AUUUAAUAUUUGUUCUUUAGAGCCUGCUAAUCUCAGAAUUACCCUACAAUAAACAGAUGCUCUAUCUACACUGGGCAUCCAUCCAGAAGGUAAGCUUAUGGCCCACUGGGCUUUCCCCAUAAAAGGACCAGAGCCUCACACAAGCAGGAGCCUCAGCAGAGAAAGCUCUGUGUCAUUACUCAGCGACUCUCAGCUCCCGCCAGGUACAGAGGGAAGGUGGUUGCUGUUUGUGAAACAGAUGGGAAAGGAUUUUGGCUCAGUUCACUAUUACAGCCAAAAUGUGUUGAGCUAAAUAAAGGGAAAGGGGCCUUUGAGUAGCUGAAGGACUAGAUAGGAGCUGAGACUGGGAUAAGGGAAAAAUAUGGUCAGGAUGGAGUGACCUUUGUCUUGCUUUUCUCUAGGUGACCAUGACACAACUCAGCUUCCUGCUAUUUAUCAUCAUGGCCACCAGAGGGUGCAUGGCAGAGAACCUGGAUACCAACAGAUGGGCCAAUCCUGUGUCUUCCUCUCUGUUCAGAAGCUGCAAGGAAAUCAAGCAGGAGAUGACUAGGGCACAAGAUGGCCUCUAUUUCCUCCGCACGAAGAAUGGUGUCAUCUACCAGACCUUCUGUGACAUGACCACUGCAGGUGGUGGCUGGACCCUGGUGGCCAGUGUGCAUGAGAACAACAUGGGUGGGAAGUGCACGGUGGGCGAUCGCUGGUCCAGUCAGCAAGGCAACAGAAUCGACUACCCAGAGGGAGAUGGCAACUGGGCCAACUACAACACCUUUGGGUCUGCAGAGGGGGCCACAAGUGAUGACUACAAGAACCCUGGCUACUUCGACAUCCAGGCUGAGAACCUGGGUAUCUGGCAUGUGCCCAACAAGAGCCCCCUGCACAAUUGGAGGAACAGUUCCCUGCUGAGGUACCGCACCUUCACUGGCUUCCUGCAGCACCUGGGCCAUAAUCUGUUUGGCCUGUACCAGAAGUACCCAGUGAAAUAUGGAGCAGGGAAGUGUUGGACUGACAAUGGCCCAGCAAUACCUGUGGUCUAUGACUUUGGUGAUGCUCAGAAGACAGCCUCUUAUUACUCCCCACUUGGCCAGAAGGAAUUCACUGCAGGAUUUGUUCAGUUCAGAGUGUUUAAUAACGAGAGAGCAGCCAGUGCUUUGUGUGCUGGCAUGAAGGUCACUGGAUGUAAUUCUGAAACUAACUGCAUUGGUGGAGGAGGAUUCUUCCCAGAAGGUAACCCUCGGCAGUGUGGGGACUUCGCGGCAUUUGAUUGGAAUGGAUAUGGAACUCACAUUGGGUACAGCAGUAGCCGGGAGAUAACUGAAGCAGCCGUGCUUCUGUUCUAUCGUUGAGAACUAUGUGAUGUGGGACCCAGACUUCUUCUCCAGUCUGUAGACUCACAUGCAUGGAGAAAAAUUACCUAGUAACUAGAACGCUAAUGACAUAGGAAAGGAGAAUAAAUCAUGUUCAUCACA